UUUUAAUAACAAUAAAGAUGAAAUUUCCAAGAUGAGAAAGUGCGUCCUGUCAAAAUGUGUCUAAAUAUUAUGUAAAUGAUAAGAAGAUUUAUAUAUGUUAUACACAUCAAGCCGCAAAAUAUUCUACCUUUGAUUUUAUCGAACUAGUCCCCCCAGAUCCAACUAAAUUACUCCUAAAGGUCAUAGACCAAUAUAGGAAGGAGCUACUGAUAAAUAUACCAACUCUUGACUAUGUAAUGUUUUAAAGGGACAACCUCUGAAUAUCACCACAAAGCCAUGGGUAUCUUGCUCCUGAGAGAGAAUACAAUGCAUUCGACUCCACCAUCAAAGAGGAGGUUGGUCACAUUAUGUCAAGCCUAGAUGCUGCCAUUAGCACCAACCAGUUCUUCAAGCUCGGAGCCUUGUUAAAAGAAGCUAAAGGCCUUGAAGACUUUGUCAUGAACAGCCAAUUGUUCAUUAAGCACUCUGUAGCCAAGAACUGGAAAGAUACAUUGGCAGUUGUUGAAGGAACUAUUGAAAUGAGUGCAGCCCUCGUGACUAAAGAACUCAGAGAAGAGUAUGACAGAUUGCUUGAAAGAACUGCUAGCAAGCUCAAGCAACAAAAGGAUCGCAUCUUAGAAGAAAAAAUUAGAAUUGAGACAGAGCUUUCUAUAAAGAAGACAAAAAUCAAAGAAGUGAAGGAUGAAUUUAAAGAACAGAAGAAAUCACAUAUGCAAAAUUUAAAGAAACAAAAAGAAGGAUAUGAAAGGAUAAUACAAGACGAAAUAGAGCAAAGCAAGAAGAUACUUAUGACCGAACUUUCUAUAAAAGAUACAAAGAUCAGAAAGCUGAAGGAUAAAUUAAAAAGACAGAAGAACUCACGUUUGCAAAAUUUAGCGGAAGAAGAAGGAUAUAAAGAGAAGAUACAAGACCUCAAAAACACCAAAGAGGAGAUAGAAAAAAGCAAGAAGAUACUUAUCGAUAAAGCUCAUGAAAAGGAUCUACAAAUAGCUGAGCUUAAGAAAAAGAUUAAAAGUAAAUCUGAUGAACUCAAAGGAUCCCAUGAAAACAUCAAACAAUUAAAGCAAAAAGUAAACGCUAACAUUAAGAAAGAAAAUGACCUUAGAUCAAGGAUUGCUGAACUGGAGUCUCAACUUAAUUCACAGAAGGAACAACUUGAAGAACAUCAUAGAGCAAGGAUUGCAGAACUUGAAUCUAAACUUAAUUCAGAAAAGGAACAUCAUAAUGAUCGGCUACGAAUACUUAGAGCCGAUUAUGAAGCCAAGCUUGAAGAAUCCCGAGAGGAAAACAAGAAAGAUCAACUGGAAAAACUAGACAUUUUUAAUAACUGAUAUAAAAUAAAGAAUGAUGCUAUUAAUGAACUGGAGGCUAAGGUCUCAGACAUUACAAAUGAUCUGGCUAAAGAAAGAGCUGAACACCAGACACUUUCUAUAAUUCAUAAUUAUAAGCCAAACACUGAAGCAAACCUAUGCCGAUCUUCUCAAUGAGAAACAAAAUAUUUUGAAAGAACACGCUGAAGAGAAUGAAAAAUUAAAGAAAGAUUUCCUAAAUAACCUGGAGGAUAAGCAAAAUUUCUUUGAGCAAGAAUUUAUGAAUGCUAAGAGUCUCUAUAAAGAUCAGAUAGAUGACAAAGAAAAAUGUUUACAGAAAGAAAUUGCUAAGUUAAAGGAAAAAGUUGAAAUUAUUAAAGCAAUUAAAAACGCCCAAAACUAUGAGAUUAUAAAUAAAGAGAAACAAAUUAAAUCAACACAAAAGAAGCUGGGUCUUACUCUUAAAGAAAAUAAGCUUCUUGAACAACAGCUCUUCCCUUUGACAACCUACACUCCAAAAGACUUUGCUGCUUUCUGAAGAUCUAUCGACCAGCACUUCCUUAAAGUCUUCUAUGGGUGGUCAGGUGAUAUUGACUAUAAAGAAGGUAGAACCUCUUUAGAUCUUAAUCUAGACAGGACUACGAACUUGGAGUUGAUUAAGAGAGCUCGGAAAAGAAUUCCUGACAUUGAACACUUUUCUAUUUCCUCCAUCGAAGCUAAAUACUCUCAAAACAUCAGCAAAUUUCUCCCAAAUUGUUUCCCAAAUAAGGUUCAAACCUUUAAAUUAUGAUCCAACUUGAUUUCCGAUGUCAUAUCCAUGGAUCAUUACAUUGAAGUAUUAUUAGCAAUAGCACCAAGAGUUCAGAAAGAGCUAAGGAUUAGCAAAUUUAGCAUCUACCAACUAAACCUUGUCAGCCUUCUUUUGAAUUUCAAGCAUGUGGAGUGAUUUCAAUUAUUCGAAUGUGAAAUAGAUUUGCACUUUAUUCCUAACCUUCAAGAAGCUCUCAGAGAUACUCAAAUUAAAAGAUUAGAUUUAUGAUACAAAUCUAAUCUCGAGGAUAACAUCCCUUAUUUCGAAAGGCUAAUUAAAGGCUUCGCCAAAAGCGAGGAUUUCAGAGAAAGCUUCCAAGAGAUUACAGUGGGCAACUUACAAUUGACUGAAGAAGAAGUAUCUUCUAUUCUCGAAGAAAAUGGAUUUGAAAAGGUGAAAGUUCAAUUUUGUUAG